CUUUAAGGCGAGUUGCACCACGGGGCAAGACAUACUUGUGUUCUGGAGACUUUGAUCAGAGGUACCCCAGCAUCUGCAACAGCGAAGGAGCUGGAUGCCCCCAAGUGGCCCCAAUAGACAAGCUUUAAAUAAAAGUAACAAGAUCGAUCUCAGAACAGAACUUCCAAAAGGAAAUUCACCCAUAGUAAUUGCCUCACGUAACUGAAAAUUUUUGUACACGUUACUCCGACAGCGACAUCAAUAGAUCCUUUAAAUUCUUGCAGCGGGCAAAUCAUUCAUCAAUCUGUUCGAAGAAAAGACAAACGAAAUUACUGUUUGUGGUUUAGAAUUCUCAAAUAAUCUCACAUCACCUUAAGUUCCUGCAUUUAGGAAAUACCUAAAUCUGCUCAAAGAAGAAACUACCCAAAUGACUGUUUGGGGUAAAAUAACAAGUAAUUCCAUACUCGACCCCCCAAAACAUAAGAGUUUGUAACAGUGAAAAUCUAAGCAGUAAUGAGUCAAUGACAAAGUACAGUGUAAUAAGUCAUUGCUGAUAUGGAUGUGAACAUGUUUGGAGCUUUGCAUCUUGCAGAUUGAAAUUGAUGGGAUGUGCUACAUAAUCAGUAAAUGCUAGAUUUUGGCUAUGGGGGUUGUGGGUAUCUCUGUAUAGCUGAAUACAAGUCUUGAUUUUUCCAGGGCUUUGGUGUGUGGACCUACAGAGGAUAGUUUGGUUUGUGUUUCAAUGAUAAGUAGUCUUUUUGAUAGAUAGGGUCCACGAUGAUAUUAUCUACAGUAUUUUACUGGAGGGAGUUCAGAAUGUAGACCGACAAAUAGUUGCUCUCCUUUUUCUUCUAAAGAUCCUUGUAAGUAUAUUGCCACGAGGCAAUCAAAAGUGAUUAGAUUCGAGGCCCGAUAAACGGUUUAUUUGGGAAUCAUAGAAUGAGGAGGAGAGCUGCAGAAUUUAGACGCCCAGUGCGGAAGCAAUUUUCUGGGAGAUUUUGGAUUGUUCUAGGAGGCUUUUUCAUCAUAUUGUUUCUCUUGCUUUUUGGACACGAUAAGCAAUCAAGAACCGAUACUGUAGAGCAUGAGAUGAACACAUUUACUAGAAGUGUGACAGAAGGAAUGAAUAUCACAGAAGAGAUGAUUAGUGCAAAGUCCAUUACAAGGCAGUUGGGAGAUCAGAUAGCUCUGGCAAAAGCAUAUGUAGUAAUUGCAAAAGAAAGUAACGAUUUGCAAUUUGCAUGGGAAUUGAGUGCACAAAUCAGAAAUUGCCAAUUACUGCUAUCUAAAGCAGCCACAAGAGGAAGUCCUGUCACUAUGCAGGAAGCAGAGGCUACCAUCCAAGAAUUAGCAAGACUGAUCUUUCAUGCAAAAGAGAUUCACUAUGACAGUGCAACUAUGAUUAUGAAACUAAAGGCACACAUACAAGCUUUGGAAGAUCGUGCAAAUGCUGCCACUGUACAAAGCACAACAUUUGGACAGUUAGCAGCGGAAGCAAUUCCUAAGGGCCUUUACUGCUUGGGUAUAAGAUUAGCAAUGCAAUGGACCAACAAUCCUAAACUCCAGAAGCAUAUGGAUGACAAGAACAAUUCUCCAAGGUUCGCAGACAAUAAUUUGUAUCACUUUUGUGUGUUUUCUGAUAAUGUUCUUGCAACAUCAGUUGUGGUGAACUCUACAACCUAUAAUGCGGAUCAUCCAGAGCUGCUUGUUUUUCAUAUAGUCACAGAUGAAAUAAAUUUUGGAGCCAUGCAGGCUUGGUUUUCUAUGCAUCAUUACAAGGGGGCAGCUAUAGAAGUACAGAAUGUGGAAGACUUCACAUGGUUUAAUGCAUCAUAUGUCCCUGUCUUGAAGCAGCUGCAAGAUGCUGAAACACAAAGUUACUAUUUUAGUGGUUCCCAAGAUACUAAUACUGCAAUUAAAUUUCGUAAUCCCAAGUACCUUUCUAUUUUAAACCACAUAAGGUUUUAUAUUCCUGAAAUAUAUCCUGCACUGGAGAAAGUUUUAUUUCUAGAUGAUGAUGUAGUUAUUCAGAAAGACUUGACACCACUUUUCUCUAUAGAUUUGCAUGGAAAUGUUAAUGGGGCAGUGGAAACCUGCCUAGAGACUUUUCAUCGAUAUCAUAAGUAUCUUAAUUUCUCUCACCCAAAGAUUAAGUCUCAUUUUGACCCAGAUACCUGUGGAUGGGCCUUUGGGAUGAAUGUUUUUGAUCUUGUAGCAUGGAAGAAAGCUAAUGUCACUAGCACGUAUCAUUACUGGCAGGAGCAAAACAUAGAUCAUACACUCUGGAAAUUGGGAACUUUGCCUCCUGGCUUGCUUACAUUCUAUGGUAUAACUGAACCACUUGACAGACGGUGGCAUGUAUUAGGUUUAGGCUAUGAUCCCAAUGUUGAUAAUCAGCUCAUUGAGAGUGCUGCAGUUUUGCAUUAUAAUGGGAAUAUGAAACCCUGGUUGAAGAUGGCAAUGAGCAGGUAUAAAUCUUUAUGGGAAAAGUAUGUCAAUUACUCCGAUCCGUUGUUGGAGCAAUGCAGUGUUCGUUAAAUAUUGGUGUUACAUCUCUUGUUGGUGCUAUAUCAUUAUCUUUUAGAAUUCAUUGUCAGUCACCUACCUCUAUCAAUUCUGUUAACUUUUUUCUUCAUAAUUUCUUGUCAAAUAUAUUCUUAUGUCAACAUUCUUUUAAUUGGAAAUUCAAUUCUUUUACAGACAAGUCUUGGGAGCUUAUUAAGAAUGAGUUCUUAUUUGUUUC